AUUAAACAACUUUAAAGAACGGGGGUUCCUAGUACUGGCGCACCAGCCAAUCAGAUAACAGCAGACGCCGCCACAACUCAACUCCGUCUUUAAACUUGUCAGCCUCCAUACUUACUUCAUCCACUCGACCUCUCUCUAUCCUAUUUUUCCAUGUCUAUCUGACCUGUCGCUAUAUCUAGGGGUUCUCCUCUCUCGUCGCUUCUCGACGCUUUGCGUUCUUCCUUUUCUUUCCUUUCCUGUUCAUUCCAAAUUACCAUGGCGUCGUCAACGCCCUCUUCCCAGCAGGUGUUAAUCAAACGCCAAUCCGACAAUGCAUUAAUGCCGCCCCCUCCCCCGCCCAAACGGAUCAAGAGACCAGCUACCGUCCUCGACGAAGAUACCUAUACCGAUGCGCUCUCGCACAUCAUCGCUCGCGACUUCUUCCCGGGCUUACUCGAAACGCAAACGAAGCAAGAAUACCUCGACGCCCUCGAGUCGAAGGAUAAAGAAUGGAUAGCAAGCGCAGGCAAGAGACUAUCUGAAGUUAUGACGCCCGGUCGUAGCGCGAGGGGUCGACGCGGCGUGAGCAUGACUCCGAUGACUCCCGCAGGAGGAAGGCCGGGCGACACACCUGCUGGAUGGGGAGGCGAUACGCCCAUGUCUGUUGUGUCGAGCGCAUCGACUGCGCAGACGGAGGGUACGAGGAAAGACAUGCCUGAUGUGUCGAAUAUGGGACUUGGUGCCUUCCAGGCGAAAUAUACAAGUGAGGAUAACGAGUCGUUUUACCAGUUGUUGGAUAGACAGAAUACGAAGCGGAGGGAGAAUUACGCGUGGAUGUGGAGUGGGAAUAAGAUUCCGACUGCGAGGCAGAUUGCGCAUCGGAAGCGAGAGGAGAAGAAGUUGAUCGAGCAGGGGCGGAAUCCGGAUAAUAAUGAUAAGCAACUGGUGGCCAUCACGACGGAUAUGGACGCCAGGCCAGCUAAGCCUGAUGCGUGGAAAUCUAGCGCGGAAAACUCGCUCAUGUUCACUCCCUCCGGCGUGGAGGAUACGCAUGAGACCGUCCAGCAGAAAGCAGAGGCUGCGUCUCGCGCGGGACCGAGACAGGUCGUAUACGAUAAUACUCGACUCCGUCCUGAAUCCAACGAGGCUGCAGCAGUGCCUCCAUCUCCAUCCAUAUCUGCCAUCAAAGACGCCAUCGCAGGACGACCACGUCGUACGGACUCUGAACCCGGCUUCACGGGCGGCGAAACACCCCGAGUAAACGGCUACACGUUCGUCGACGAAGACGAGCCCGAACCCGAAAUCGACCAGUCUCACUACCUCAAACUCCUCACCUCAACCACCAGCAGCGACUCAACCCCCAACCCCUUCCAGAUCAAAGAGAACCGCAAACGCGAAGAACUCCAUCACCGCAUGGUCGAGAGCGCCGCACGCACCAAACGCGCCGAGAAAACAGCUCGCGAAAUCAAGACCCCUGUCCCUAGAUUCCCGAGUAGUCCGAUGUUCACCUCUGGACGAACGCCUAGCGGGGGAAGUACGCCGGGAAAGACAUUGACGCCUGCAGCGCAGAAAUUGUUACAGAGAGUAGGUAGCACGCCUAGAGGGUCUUCUUUUACGUCGUCGUCCGGGUUGAGGAAUAUGUGGACCCCGACUCCGAAGAGGAAGUGAAGUGGAUUUCACUUUGUAAAAAUGUUUUCUGGUGUUCAGUUAGGAUUGAUUGGUUGGGGAGUAUAAUGGUUUGCUUUUCAGAAUAUUCUAUUUUUAUGAUUUGCUGGUUGGUUGAUUGGAUGGUUGGAUGGAUGGGAUACGAAUUAUGAUACCCCCUUUUUCUUUUCCUUUUAUUUGUUUCUUCUUGUAUCGUUUAUUAUUAAAGAAGAAGGAUAGAUAUCUCCUGAGAUAUUACAGAUUAAGACUCGUUGUGGAAUAGGAAAAUCUGAAACUUUACAUUCACAACCUCAACAUGAAAUAUAUUCAGGUACAAGCACCGAGG